AUGCCGAUAAAUAAUAUGCCGGGUGCUCGUGUCUUAGCACUGGCGUUGCUGCUGAGUAAUGUAGUCAAGAGUUCGUUUACCGAAGAAACGACGACCGACAAAAUCACGAUUUCCGCCUCAAGUGAGAAUCCGGAUGCGGAGUACCGGUACUCGGUUAACGAGAAGAUGCCGAGGCGGAUAAUCGAGGACCGGUUGACCCCACCGAGAGACACCGAUUUCCCGUUCUGGAAUAAUAAUAAGCAGCCUGGAGGUGAUCUUCAGCGACUGAAUGCGUACCCUACGAGAGACGCCGAUGGUCUCGAUGACAAUGUCACGGAUAAGAUUACGUCGAAAAAGACGAGGACCGUGGCCUCGGUACAAGAUCCGAACUGCUGUGGCAGUAAAUUGUCGGGUGCUAAUGGUUUCUCGGAGGAAAAGGAUAAGUCACCGCAGAAAGAGGCCUCGGAGGACCUCGAGCGAGGCGUCGGCACCGGACCAGCCCCACGUUUCCACGGCAACAACCCCAACGACGACAGGUACGGCCAAGGCUGGAGAAGCUUCAACUAUCUCGGAUCCAACAAGGAUAGGGGCUUUUACGAUCAGCGAAAUCAUCAUUCUUAUGACAGAUAUAAUGGAGCACAGAAGCCGACCUCGAGCUACGCAUUGGAUGGUGAUCGAUACGGUGCAGUACAACGUCCAGGCUCCGCCUACGCAACUGAUAACGAUCGGUAUAGUACGAGCAGCAGUAAUCGUCCUGGCAGCUUCCAGAGUGUCAACUACGCUUUUGGUCACGGACUCGGUGGCACGUACGACCGACCCCGACCGGCUGGCGGUAAUUUCGGUGUGACCACUAGCGUCGGCGCCGAGGGGGACGGCGACUAUACGUAUUCCGAGGGUGGUUCACCCGUUCCUGGUAGCUCCAAUCUUCAAACGCAGAAGGCGGUGGCACUGAAGGCCCUGGCAGGAGUAGCACUGAUUGGCGCCGCCGCAGCCCUCGCCACAAAUCCCGUAUUUUUGCCAAUCAGCGUUAUGUCUGGCAGAAGAAAGCGCUCCGCUGGAGCUGAGUUGGACAAUUAUACCCUCGGCGCCUUGCUGCAGGGUUACAUUCAGCCGAGGCCAAAUAAGGUGCAAAGUGACAGAAAGGCCGAGAACGUAAGGACAAGCGAGAUGGAUGAUAAGGUGCCGAUGCGACAGGAACUCGUCAUCAGUCCAAAAUGCGUUGCGAGACUCGCCUGUCACGUGCACCGAGACUACCUCGAGGAACUGGAGAGGACCAAGAUUGAGUUGUCACUGGCUCGGGAUAAUAAGACGGCAAUCGAGCAGGGCGACCCCGACGAGUCAACUUUGCACGGUCUGGAGCAUUGGUUCGAUAGUCUGUACAGUCUAUAUUGUACUAAAAAAAAUUUUACCGACAAAUUGAAAAAUGGGCCGCAUUUUGAAGAUUUUGUUGCCGACGAUGUUAAUAUUUAUGAUGGAGUUCUGAAACUUGCGGAAGGAGAAAAACGAUUACGACUGCCACCAUGGCUCAAAAAAGAAAUACCAAUGGGUAAAAAUUACAGUCGUAUUAAAUCUCAACUUCGUGACCUUGGUUUAAGUACAGUUUGCGAAGAAGCUCGAUGUCCAAAUAUUGGCGAAUGCUGGGGUGGUGGAAGUCAUGGAACUGCCACUGCUACGAUUAUGCUAAUGGGAGAUACAUGCACGAGAGGAUGCAGAUUCUGCUCUGUUAAAACUGCACGGAUCCCUCCACCAUUGGAUCCCAAGGAACCAAGGAAUACAGCAACAGCCAUUAUAGAUUGGAAAUUAGACUACGUAGUAUUAACCUCGGUUGAUCGUGAUGAUUUACCAGAUGGGGGUGCGAGUCAUAUCGCUGCUACUGUAAAAGAGCUUAAACAAAGAAGCGAUAUCUUAGUCGAGUGUCUAGUGCCAGAUUUUCAAGGGAAUGUAGACUGCGUAAAAACCAUUGUCGAUGCUGGUCUUGAUGUUUAUGCUCACAACAUAGAAACUGUUGAAAGAUUGACACCCUUUGUUCGCGAUAGGCGUGCACGAUACAAGCAGUCGCUGUCAAUGUUGAAGGAAGCUAAGAAUGUCAAUUCCAAUUUGAUAACAAAAUCAUCUAUAAUGCUAGGCCUCGGUGAAACCGAUGAGGAAGUCAUGCAAACCAUGAAAGAUCUACGCGACGUCAAUGUCGAUGCUUUAACGUUAGGACAAUACAUGCAACCUACGAAACGACAUUUAAGAGUUAUGGAAUAUAUUAGGCCUGAAAAAUUCAAGUAUUGGGAAAACGUUGGUAAAAAAUUUGGAUUUUUGUACACGGCGAGUGGACCACUCGUACGAUCUUCUUACAAAGCCGGCGAGUACUUUUUGACGAAUAUUUUGAAGGAGAAGCGAAAGAGAACGACAUGGAACGAAGCAAUUCGAAAUGAUGCAUAAAAGCACUUAGAAGUUUGUUUGUAAAAUUGACAGAAAGUAAUUGCUUAUUAACAUUGAGGAAAACCAAACAACAUACUCCCCAAUGGAAUGUAAUUGUUAUCGAAAGAGGUCCAUCCGAGAUAAGAAAGUGCGCUCGCUUGGCAUUCGGCAACUGUCAGCCCUCCCUCGCAUGAUCAUCCGCCCUUUUCGGGGUAAUCGAACUGUACAUAAAACUUGCCAAUCCGUCCUUUUCAGGACGAAUUCGAUGCUCUCGUCCUCUUCUGCUGUUCGUUGGCAGCGAGAGGGGCAGGAACUGGAGUGGCGGCGACAAUCGAACGUCUCGCACAUUCUCCUACUUCACGCCAUCGUGUAUUGAAAUAUUUAUAUAUAUAUA